GCGCCAUCAUCUACAUUGCUCGCUAUGAUACUCAGCGUGCGACGCACGGCCUCGAGAUCGAGGUAUAACGAACGCUGAUGAGCGCUGCCCAGACCCGCGGGAUUAUGACUACUCCCUUCGUUCCCUUGAGCGCCGCCCACCUCUAUCUCUCACUUCAACGUUCUACUCCCUCUCACUUGAUACCCCAGCCCUUGCACACCAUACUUUGGAUUGACGAGGAUUGCAGUCCAUUACGCCGUCCUGCGACUUUGGUUCAGGAUAUCUAUCAAUUCGGCACCGCUCGUAAGUCAUGAUAUGAAGAGUUCUCUGCAGCUUCCUUCUACCUUUGUGAUUCUGUCGUUUGGCCGAGGCUGAACAGCUCGCUUCUUAGUCUAUCCUCGUAGAGCUGCUGUGAUCAG